AUGGGGUUACGAUGGCCGAUGCUCUGUCUGCCUAUUCUCCUGGCGUCAGCGUGUGGAAGCGAUAUAUUAAUGAUCACAAUGGGAGGAACGAAGUCACAUAAAAUACCUUUUUGGGAACUCGCCAAGGGACUUAUAAGAAGAGGUCACAACAUUACGCUCAUCAGUGCGUUUUCACCAGAUUUCCACAUUGAAGGCUUAGAAGAAAUAGCACCGGAAGGACUGGCUUCAUUCAUUCGAAGUUAUAUGUCUCUAGACCUGGUAGGAGCUCGGAUGAGAGGAGAAGAACCCUUGCCAUAUACGGAUAUAAUUCGGUUUGGUUACGAGGCUUGCGACGCAUUCCUCAACGACUACGAAACGAGAUCAUUCCUUCGUUCAGGAAGGACCUACGAUCUGAUCAUCCUUGACGGCGCUUAUCCCGAAUGUGCGCUUGGCAUUGUCCACAGAAUGAAAGUUCCCUUCAUGUACAUCAAUACUGUCGGGUUCUAUGCUGGACCCACGAGUAUAGCUGGUUCUCCAGCCCCAUACUCCGUGACGCCGAUCUUCGCUAAAGCCUUUACGGAUAAUAUGAGUUUUAUGGAGAGAAUACGAAACACUUUCUGGCAUGUAGGAGCCUUCGCAGGGCACGGUAUUAGUGUCACUAUUCUUCAAAGUGUGUUGAGGAGACACUUUGGCCAGCAAAUGCCCCACGUCUAUGAUAUGGGACGGAAUGUCAGUUUUGUAUUGCAGAACGGACAUUUUUCCGUGUCUUAUCCGAGGCCGUUUUUGCCGAACGUCGCCGAAGUUGCUUGCAUACACUGCAAAGAGCCGAAGAAGUUGAAUGCGGAUUUAGAAGAAUGGAUAUCCGGUGCUGGUGAAGCUGGUUUUGUCUACGUGUCCAUGGGCUCCUCCGUUCGGACAGACACCAUGCCAUUAUCAGCUCAUCGUCUGAUCGUCCAGGCUUUAGGCAGGUUACCACAACGAGUGUUAUGGAAGCAAGAUGCUGAACAGAAUCUGACAGAUAUUCCUUCUAAUGUGAGGUUGUAUAAGUGGCUGCCACAGCAGGACUUAUUAGGCCAUCCCAAAAUCAAAGCCUUCGUGACACACGGUGGUCUCCUUAGCAUGUUCGAGACGGUAUACCACGGAGUUCCCAUCGUCAGCAUACCAAUCUUCUGUGACCACGACUCAAACGCGGCGAAAGCGGAAGUCGAUGGCUACGCUAAGAAACUGGACCUCCAAUACUUAACAGCAGAUGAACUAUACAAAUCGAUAACGGAGGUGAUCAACGAACCGAUGUACAGGAUCCAGGUUAAAAAACGCCAGGUAUUAUUGAGGGAUCAAAAGGAAUCGCCGCUCGAGAGAGCUAUCUAUUGGACGGAGUACGUGAUACGGCACAAAGGGGCAUAUCAUUUGCAAUCGCCCGCGAAAGACAUGACCUUCAUCCAAUAUUACAUGUUGGAUAUUAUAUUUACGUUCAUAGUUUUCGUGGUCCUCGCAUCAGCGCUUGUUUCGUACGUAAUAAGAUUCUUUAGGAGGGUGAAACUGCAGAGUAAUCGUGUGGUACAGUUUAUAGAAGCGAGCGAUCUGGUUAAGCGGCGUAAACAUGAUCAAGCGACGUUGAUAAAGAAGAAGAUGUGA